AUGUCAGAAAGGCCGAGCACAUCGUCGGCUGCAGCCCAAGCCUCCUCUUCGUCAUCUUCGUCGGCGGCGGCGUUGAAACAUAAGAGACCGAGGACCGGUGACUCUGCAUCCGUUGCGAGUGGAAGUAGACCUUCCAUCUCGCCAACGACCACGGCGCCUCGAACGACACAGCGAGCGCCUCAAUCAUGCCUUGAAUGUACGAGAAGGAAGAUCAAAUGCGACAAGGAACAACCUUGCAGAGCAUGUAUCAGCCGAGGCGAAGCAGACCAAUGUCGACGCGAAGCAGUGGUCGUCAAAGGAGCAGUCGUUACUGGAUUAUCGACAGAGAGGACGCUAUCGUUACAGCGUCUGUCUCUGGAGAUCAACGAAUUGAGAAGACGCAUAGUCUUCUUGGAAAAAGAGAGAGCGACUGUUGGCGGCGGCCCUAGCCACCUUGCAAGCGGCGGGGGCGGCAGCGGCGGGGGCGGUAGGGUCGGUAUACAACCUCGAGAUAAUUCUGCAAGUAGCUCUAGCGACGUCAAGAGUAUACCAUCUGCUUCUGGUAUCGGUCUUCACGCUACUGCCGCCCCAUCACGUGCACGACACAGCCAAGAUGAACAGGAGAGGAGACGGUCAAGCGGAGCAAAUGACGAUGAACCAGGAAUCUUUAGUCGACCGGGAAGUGCACUGCAACACCGAGGAUCCGAUUUUGACCAAGGCCGACUGACGAGUGCCAUGGAAGAAGCUGCGUUGGGCAUAGGCGAGACGACUCGAUGGUUAGGAGCUUCUUUGAUCUCUAAAAAUGGGAAAGGGUCUCCACCCUCACCGACCGAUCGGAAUCAAUGGUAUCAACCUCAAUCUUUCGACUACAGUCUAUCUCAAUUACCUUCUCAACCUCAAACGCGAUCCUUUAUCACGUAUUACUUUGAAGAAGUCUCGUGGACGAUUGGCGUGAUUCAUCCUCCAACCUUUUGGGCAGAAUAUAACGAAUUCUGGUCAAGAGCCGAUAGGAUGGAUUUAAAGGACGAUAUUUGGCUUGGACUCAUGUUUGCCAUUUUGAGUAUAUCAGCCUACUUUAUGGACGAGCGGCAGGCAAGUCUGAGAGGUUUGACACCGAUUCAGAUGAGGCAUUGGGCUGGGACUUGGUUCAACGCUGCGAUUGCCACCGCUUGUCGGUGUAACCUACUCACGGAACCGAGUUUCACUCUCUGUCAAAUGCUCUCAGUCUUGGGACCGGGCUUCCAUCUAUCGAGGAACACCCGACUUCACCAAUCGUUGACGGAUCUCUCGCGAUCCUAUGGCAAAGCCAUCAAUCUGCACUUACUUGGAUCACGACAGGAAGAAUGGACCGACCGAGAAAUUCGCAAGGAACUCGGUAGGCGAUUAUGGUGGAAUAGUGUCGAAGGAGAUUGGGCAUUUCUCCCUUACCUCCGUUACAGCAUCUACACGCCGUAUUCCUUCAAUACUGCCAUGCCUUCGGCUCUGCCGGAAACGUAUGACAUCAAUGUGCCACAUGUCGUCCCUCAUUUCCGCUUGGCAUGUUAUCGAUCCGCUCGAAUCAUCUACGAUGUCUAUGGACACCUUGGACCCAACGAAGAUCCAGACUAUGAUACGGUUCUCAAAGGAUCCGAAGCCAUUUUGAAUCUGCGGCAUUCUUUACCACCCGAGCUCGAUUUUAAUAAUCAUCAACGAAUUCCAGGGACGAUCGAUGUCGGUCUCGUCCAAGCACGAUUGAUUAAUAUGACUUUGGCUUAUCGCUCAUAUCAAAUUCAUCGACUAUAUUACGUGAAAUCACUCACGCUCACAGACUAUGCGAUAUCCAAAACGGUCUGCAUCGAAGCUGCCGAGACGAUCUUGUCGAUAGCCGAAGCGGGUCUCCCACCCAUCUUUUACCUCAUUUGGAACGUCACCGUCAUGAUGGUCGCUGCGGGCCUGAUCUUGGCUCUAGAAUUGAUCCAUCGAUCAGAUAAUCCCACACUGAUGAUGGAACGAAAGACGGUCCUUCAUCGAUUGAUCAAUCGUCUACGAGGAUUGGACGAUCAAUCAGGUAUCGCCACUCGUGGAGCGGCGCUCAUCGAUCAUUUGCUCAUUAUGGAAUCUCAAAUUCGAUCCGGUCAACGAAGCGAUAUCAACCUGACGAAAGAAGCCAUAUUGGACAUUGUCAAAGGUCAACAUCCAUCCGGGAUCGGUGAUUGGCCACUUCAAGAAGGUGUAGAAUUGCCUCCGACAUCUUCCGGAUAUAAAGAGUUCACACUCGGAUCUCAUCCCAUCAACGCGCCCAUCCCACAGCUUGCACAGGCCCAAGAUUACCCCAUUCAGUCUACAGCACUGGGAGCGGAGCUGGACUUGGCACUUCUUUGGGACGAUUUGAUCACUACAUCGCAGUAG